UCCAUCAACACCCAUUACCCCAACCUACAACUGGGUCUGCAAUACCUCCUACCGCAAACCCCCAUUCCUCCAACUUCGCACCUCACACACCAUGGGUCGCCUCAGCUACCCCUCGCAACUGGACAGCCCGUCCAAGCAAUUGAUCUUCGAACUAGCCAAGGAUCUCGAUGAACUGCGCAUCCACAACGCUGAAUUGAAGAAAGUCAAAACCUACGAACGCCGUUCCUUCUAUGAAAAUCUCGACCGCAUCGACAGUGAGGUCGAGGCCCAACAUAAUGCUGCUCUCGACAAGGUCGCCGCGGAACGUGAGCAGGUGCGGCAGGAAGCGGAGGAGACGUUGCGGGUCCACCAGCGAGCGGUAGAAGAAGAGCAUCGCCGAAAGGAGGAAGAAGCUCGACGGGAGGCGGAACGGAAAGAAAAAGAACGGCAGGAGAAGCUUCGACGCGAGCAGGAGGAAGCAGCCCGACGCGAGGCGGAACGGAAAGCGGCUGAAGACGCGAAGAAGAAGGCAGAGCAGGAGGCGGAGCAGAAGCGCAAGGCUGCGCAGGAGGAAAAGGAGCGCAGUGAACGGGAGCGGUUGGAGGAUGAGAAUCGGAAGCGUCAGGCGGCGGCGCAAAAAGCGGAACAAGACGCUGCCCGGGCCCGGGAUGAAGCGGCGAAGAAAGCGGCGGCGGAACGACAGAAGCAGGUCGGAGGGGCUCGUUUGACGCCUGAAGAGAUCAAGGUGCAGGCUCGUUAUGUGGAGUUGCAUCAGCACCUCAAGAAGUUCCGACAAUACAUGAAGGACGAAAGCAAGACCAAUCCCGUCGUCAAACAGAACAUGGGAGAUAUGCGCCGGUCGAUCAAAAAAUGCGUGGGCCAGCUACGAGAAGGAAAGGGAACCAACAAGGGCCAGCUUCAAGAAAUCCGCGCGACUCUCGAAAAGGCUGCCACCAUCCCAGAACCCUCUGUGGAUAUCCGCCAAUUCCUCGCCUUCCCCCCAGACAACAUCGCCAACUCAGACGACAACAAGGUCCCAGCGCUGUUGAUUUACGCCCUGAACAUAUUCUCCAAGUCUCUCAUCUCAUCCCUCAUCACGGAAGCCUCUAUCAACCACGGACAUGCAGAGCCAGUCGGUAUAGUAGCAGCCCAGAUCUUCUCCUCAGACGCCUUCAUCUACAAGGGAUGCCACAUGGUCGACAUCCUAUGGGCCAAAUACCGCGCGAUCUGCCCAGCCCUGUGGGGAUUCCACGGCAGCGAGAAAACAGAAGGCGGCCGACGCGCCCUGGGCUGGUGGAGAGACGGGCCCGGCGGUCCCUAUAUCAGCGAGCAGGCGCACGCAGACCGAAUGACCGCGCUGGGCGCAGGAUACUCCGCUCUGACGCUGCGCAACUUUGGAAAAACACCUCGCAAGAAUCCGUUCCCCAACACCAUGUUCUGGAUGACCAUGCAUAAGAUCCUGUCGAUCCCCCCGGCCGAGAUCCAGGAGACACAUCUCAUUCUUCUUUCUGCUAUGCUGAAGUCCUCCGCGGAAAGGAUCGUCGGUUUCUUCGGCCAUAUUGGACUCGCAUUGAUGAGACAGGCUAUUGUUGACCUUCCGAAUGCGCUUCCCCGGCAGAGCAUGGGAGUCAACCAGCUCAAACUUCUCAAAGAUCUAUACAAACGAGAGAAGAACAUAAUCAUUUAAUUAAAUCAACCCAAUGAUUAUGGAACAUCCGAAUAACACUUGACCACCAUUGUCAUCCUCUACCGGCUAGACCAAGUCUCAAAUCAAAGACCUCAUACCACCCUAACUCCUCCGCCGAGGAUCUUACAACCAUGCACAUCCUCGGCACCACCAACCCCGGCCCAUCAUCCACCAACCCAAUACAAUCCUCCUGCAGUGCU